UGAUGCUGGUGUUCACUUGUAUGAUGAUCCAGGCAAUUGGCGCCCAAUCGAAUGAAUGUCCACCCUCUUCGAAGGUGUACACAUGUUCGCCACGUUGUUAUAAGGAUGGCGAUUGUGCCACCAUGGGUGGUAAAUGUUGUCCCGACACCUGUAACCAAAAGUCUUGUGUACCACGUCAUAUGCUAAACAAUUAUGGAAAUGCAGGCAAUACCCGUCCCGAUAAAUAUGGUCCCAAUAAAGGCAGCGUAUAUUGUGGAAAUGUAAAAUGUACCGCCUUUGAAAGAUGUGAAGUCGAUCGCAUUACAAAGAGGGAGAAAUGUGUUCGAGCUUAA